AUGUCCUCAUCCAACAAGUUUACGCAAGAUAGUCCAAACACCAAGGCAGGCAUUCAAGCAUCCCAGGCCUUAAUCAACUCAAAAAACCUUGACGAGAUAGUGGAUAUUCCACUAGAUUGCUUUAUCGGGGAGGAUUCGAAACUUGACUCGCAAGGUUACCCACUGUAUCCCAAUGGAAACACUGUCUGGAUCAAGCACCCAGAUGUUGAAGCUCCCCUCAAUUUCGGAAAAGUUGGUUUUAGUUACACAUCAAGAGUCUCAUGGUCAAAGAAUAAACGUAUCAAGUCAACCAAGUUCAAGUGCCUCGGAGUACUGAUGUGCAGUAAUGAUUUAUGUGAUUAUUGUGGGCCACCCCCAACUGGAAAGGGGAAGAUCCCGGAGCUCAUGGCACAACACCCUACCUGCCUUGCACCACGCUGCAGCAAAAAGCUAGCUCACAUAGAUUGUGAAGGCACACACACCCAAGUUGACGUGGAUAUGGUCACAGGCUGGUCAAAACUUACUCAUUCAGGCAUCCAUGGACACCCUUGGCCAGAUUCAAAGAAGCCUGAUCUGUUGUCAAAAGCAAAACUUGCUCAAGUGAUUGUGAAUAACCCGGAUACAGCUCCUUUUCUACUCCGGGUUGGUCGAUCAAACGCAGGGCAGGCUCCUAUCAAGAGUGUAAACCAAAUACAUCCAUCUCUGGGUCAUAAAGACCGUCUGUCUUAUCUUCGGCGUGACAUAUUGGUCAAGGCGGGCCUGAUGCCCGCAAAAGCUAGUGAUGGAGGCGGAGACAAGCUACUUCUAGAUAUGUUUCACUGGAAUCACCAGGGGUUGAAGAUAAUCUCAUCAUCAUUUAUGGACAACGAGGAGCACUUCACCUUCCAGACCCAGUGGAUGGCUGAACGGCUGAUGGAUCGUGACGAAAAGAAUGACGUAUAUCGAGGUGGACUUUUAUCGGAUGUUACAUACAAGUUUUUUGAAAAUGGUUAUCUCCUUACGACAUCUAUGUACUGUGAAGAUUUAAUGAGAUGGAUUCCAGUUCAACUUACUUGGUUGCGAGGUCUCAAACAUGAAUGCGAGAUCCUUUCUUGCCAAGUUGUAGACUUCUCGAUGUCCCAAAAGGAGGGAUUUGUACAAGCUUAUAUGGAGGUUUUUGGUGAAAGUGACCGUGCCCGGGUCAUGCGAUUGCUGAAAGGUUGUCAGGAGCACUUUUGUCAGCAGGUCACCCGAGUCAAGCGCAACCAUAAAAUCAUUCCACCACACUUAGAGUCUGACUUCGCCGCACUUGCAAUGGGUUUGCUACAAGAAAAGGAAGACGGGGGAAAAACUCACGAAGAAAAGCUAGAAUACAUUCGUCGAAAGUUUCCUAAAGUAAAGCGAUGGUUAGACUGGUGGCAAAUGUCAGAUGUUCAAGCAAUGGUAUUUCCAAGUCGUCGGCCCCUCACGGAAGACUUGCCCGAUGCAGACCAUGGAUUACCUGACAAGACAAACGCACAAGAGUCAAUGCAUCGAAUAUAUUACAUGUUGUGCUGA